GCUUUAGUUGGAGUUAAAAAACACUUUUCAUUGCUUCACUUACUUUUUGUCUUAAUACAAUAAAAGAUAACAACUUAUUUAACUUUUUGUUUUUGAUUUGUUUAUUGUCAUUUUAGUUUUAAGUGUUCAAAGCAAUGGCUAUUGGAAUUCGUAUUGAGGAAACUGACCAAGAUGGAUCGCCUCAGCAGCAAAUAUACAUCACUCGCGGUGGAGAAGAUCCCGAGCAAAUUGUUUUGCCUUAUGAUGAAACUGCGGCAACCGCUCAAAUGGUGUUUAGUGAUAUUUACCAUCGCACCUUCUUUAAUGAAGGUAUUCGCCCACCGGAAUCCACAAUUGACUUCCUCAGUCAUUAUGAAGUUUGUGCUGAGCAGAUGCUGACUAGUGUUGGAGAAGAUUUGAGACGAAUUGCUGCCAAAAUUGAAGCUUCAAGUGAACGUGAAAAAAUUCGCCGGCGAGCACGAAGUGUCAAUUUGAGAAUUGAUUCCUUCGAAAGAUUCAGUGCCAUGCUAAAAGGACUAUUUCCCGAUAAUCAUAUAACUCGAGAAAGGAUUGUUGUUCUUUUCUUCUUUUGCUCAGACAUUGCUGUUCGCGCUUAUUCCUCAAGUCCAGUUGCUCAUUUCCAUAAACUGAUUGGAUGGUCUCUUAAAUUCAUUUUCAGUCACAUUUGUUCAUUGGUAAGAAGUCAAGGAGGAUGGAAUAAAGUAAUUUCAAAUUUUGUUCAAGGAACAGCAAUCACAGUCUGUGCCAUUCUUGGUUCUGUUGCAUUCGCCAUGUACAUCAAACGAAAUUUUUGAUUAACCUCUUAUUUUACACUGAAUCAAAUUCCUUUAGCCAUUGUCAUUCAUCUGUUAAAAUAUUGAUUAUCAUUCAAUAUUCAUAAGUUACAUUAACCUCUGAAUGAUAAUUUAUGCAAUCAAUUUACCUUUCUUGAUGACGAAUUUCAUUAAGACGAUUGCCAACAAUUGCAGCAACAGGAUCUCAAUUCAAGAUUCUCAGUCUUCAAUUCUCUUCCGUAAACCUUAUUAUAUUCAAAUCUACAGAUUAUUCCUCUGGACGAAACAAUAGACAUCAGCUGAUUUUGGGACUGUAUAAUAAUAUCACUAGGACAAAAGCAACGACGAGAUAUCCAGCAAUCCAUGCCACAAGAUAUGAGUAUAACAACAGUUGAUCUGCAAAUCUACCCACCUUUCUGACCCGAUGACGCAGAGUUCACCUAAAUAAUCUUGUGAACUACAAACCGCUCAAACACCAGUUUAUCUUGUAUUUAUAAUCGAUUGGAAAAGUGUUACUAAUUUAUGAAUAUCAAAUAGUUAUUUACUCUUCACCUCAUCAAUUUACGAACGAUGGAUUAAAUUGUAGCAAUUUAAAUGAUGCAAGCCAGUUUCAUGAAAAGCUAAUCAAAUACUUGGCCAUAUGUAUUGUCUAAAUCAUCUGACUAGUUGGCUGGGUGGAAUGAUUGGAAAGGAUGCUAUAAAUUGUCAAGAGUUGAUUUGCUAAUUAACUAUUAACCAUUUCUGGGAUCGUACAUGAUCAAACAUAAGAUUAUUGUUAACCUUUUUGUCAUUUGUCAUGAGUUUUGUAGGCUUUUAUAAGAGGGGAUUAACCUCUUUUUUAUAUUGUAAUCCUGGUCACAAGUUAUUGUCCACACUUUCCACUGCCAUCUUCAAUUUAACCAAACAUUUUUUAAUUUAUCUUCUGACACACUUUUGCUUACAAUUAUCUAUACACUCUUCAACCGAUCUCACAGAGGAGUCAAAUUGAUUUCAACUUGGAUCGAUUACCUAAAUUAACUGCUUUAUAUUAACUCCUUUUGUGCCUUUAAAUUAUCUUAUUAUAAUUAUCUCUUAUAUUUUACAUGAAUUCAUUUUUCAAAUCUUUGAUUUAAAUCCAAUAAAAUGAUGUUAUCAAUUGUAUUCAA